GUUUAGGUUUUGGUCUCACGAUGCGUGUGAUCCUCCGAGUGACACAAAAUAGCAGGUUUCUGAUGAUCAGGAAGAUCCUAUGUAAAGCAACAGAUGCAAAACUAUAAAUAAGAUUGGUGGUGUAACUUGCCAAACCACGUGAACCUUGAUUGAAGCUUACUUUCUUUGUCCCAUCGUCUUGACCCCACCAUGCCGACUCAAAACGAGAGGGCUGGGAAGUUCCAAUAUAAAUAUUAGGUUGGUGUUUGUGGAAUUGCCUCAUUGGGGGAGCAGUUUUUGGCAGGAGCAGGAGAGAGAGAGAACAGGAGGAAAUGGCAAUGCCAUGGGGAUUGGCCGUGUACAUAAUGAACAUGGUGUGGGUGGCAUUGGACGGCUGGAUCUCCUCGUGCGUGAUGGUCGCGGAUGAGAUCGCCCACGCGCUCCGGACCGGCGACGUUAGCUCCUUCCCCAUCGGAUGAUUUUCUCUCUCCAUAUUCGGUUCGAAUAAUGUCAGCUGCUGCAUUUUGGCUUUCUUUUGUAUAGCUUCAUACUGUAGAGAAAAGUUCCCCCCUCCAAAUGUAGAGGCAUUGUUCAUAGAUAUCUUUCACCAGAUAAGGCAAAGGAGCUCAGUUAUGGUCCUCUCUCUUUUUAUUUCUUUGGCGGGCGGAUCUCGUAAACUGACUCUCUAGUCUCUACCACCAAAUUCAAAGGCAUAUAUUUUUGUUGAGAAGUUAAUGAUAAUAAGGUUAGAAAGAAGUAGCAUGUAGAACUAGAAAGUGUUACUACAUACUGCUUCCAACCUAUUCAAUUGUGGUGUAUAGAUGAGUAUCUGCAUGGUAAAAUUGUUGUUCUGUCUUAUGCUUCCUUCAAGGACUUGUAAACUCCAACAAAGUGUCAUGUCACAGGAGAGUUUGUAAAAUAGUUUAUAAAUUACGGUGUGAACACUGUAUUGUGUGCAGUAUUAGAGGAUUGUAAAGAAAUUUAUGAAAUAUUACAAAGCAUGUGAGCGGCUUACAGGGCUUAUAAAAGUGCUAUUUAAAUAGAACUGUA